GCACAAGCCCAAAAAAAAAACAUGCCGUACCUCUCUCUCUGCUCCAACAUGUCUCCUCUGCUCUGCCUCUAUUUCUUCUUCCUUUCCAAAAUGUUUCAAAUUUUUCUACUUGUGUUAUGUUUCAAACGUUCAAAUUUCAUGUGGGUCUGUGUCCUUUGGCGCUUAAACGUCAGUUUGUCUGUUUUAAUGGGUUUAAAGCCAAGUAUUAAAUUCAAGCUUCUUUGCAUCUCAAACAUUGAAUGUUAGUUGAACCCCUCCCCGCCUGAGUUUGGGAGCUUUUGGGUGAUCAACUUAUCUUUUUUAUGUGUUUGUACAAUUUCUUCACUUUCUUUGCGUUUGAAGAAUUGUUUUAAUCUUCAAUGGAGCAAUAAGCCGACUUUUUAGAGUUAAGUUUACUUCCUAAUUAUUACCUAUAAGAUUUUCCUAUUAUUUUGUUAAUAUUGUAGAACUUCAAAACACUACACUAGCCUUUUGGACUUGCCUCCAUCUAUAAAAAAAAAAAAAAAAAAACCUUCUUUUGGACUUGCCAAUUUUGAAGCAAAGUGAGAGAAUGGGAAGAGCUUAGGUGCUAUGGCUUUGAGUGAUCAUCUUGUCCUUUCGGUUUCUGGUGCCUCGAGAUCCUUUGUUAAUAUUGUUUCUUCAUUUCACAUCUCUGUUUCUUGUGUGCCCAUUAUGUGUUUGUGCAAUUUCUUCACUUGUUUUGGCCUUAAGAAUGCUUCUUACUCUUCAAUGAAACAAUUCUGUUUUUUGGAAUUUACUUUUUAUUUGUUUGUGCAAGCCUAUAAAAUUUUCCCGUUGUUAUAUUAAUAUUAUAGAACUUUUUGGACUUGCCGAUUUGUGUAGCAAAGUGUGGAGCUCAGGUGCUAUGGUUCUGAAGUAUCUUGUUGAAGUUCAAGUGUAGGCAGGACUGGAGUACUCGUAAAAUUGUGAAAGCAGCUUGAAAAAUGGGGCUUUUAGAUCUAUUUUGUGUUGCUUCGAUGCCUGUUUUGAAAGUACUCUUGAUUACUGCUCUUGGCUCGUUCCUCACUUUAGAUGGUAUAGAUGUAUUGGGAGAGGAUGCAAUGAAACACUUGAAUACGGUUGUAUUUUUUGUGUUCAAUCCAGCACUAGUUGGUAGCAACAUAGCCAAAACAAUUACUUUUGAAAGCGUUAUUUUGUUGUGGUUCAUGCCCCUCAAUAUUCUUAUCACCUUUAUUAUUGGCUCAGCAAUGGGAUGGAUACUCAUAAAAAUCACAAAAGCUCCUCAACAUCUUAAGGGUCUUGUAUUAGGUUCAUGUGCAGCAGGAAAUUUGGGAAACUUGCCUCUGAUUAUCAUCCCAGCAAUAUGUAGAGAGAAAGGCAGUCCAUUUGGAGCACCUGAUACAUGCCACAUUUAUGGACUUGCUUAUGCUUCACUUUCUAUGGCGAUAGCAUCCGUUUAUUUGUGGUCUUAUGUUUACAACAUUAUCCGAAUGUCCUCAAGUAAUAUCAGCAAAGAAGUGAUUUACACAAACAAGUCCACUGAGAAUGCAAAACAUACUGACGAAAUAUCAGAAACACACCAAGGAAAUUGUGCAGAAACACUUCUUCCUUCAGAAGACUGCUCCUCUAUAGACUAUUUCACCUUGCCUCAUAGUAAAAUUGAUGGCAAAGGAAAGGUCCCAGUCUCAAUAAAGAUUAUGCAGCAUUUGAGAAUGUUACAGGGAAAGAUUAAUCUGAAAGCAUUGUUUGCACCUUCGAGUACUGGAGCGAUUGUUGGUUUUAUCAUUGGAAUAGUCCCACAGCUGCGAAAUUCAAUGAUUGGGGAUGCUGCUCCACUUCGUGUGAUCCAAGACUCUGCUGCCUUACUAGGGGAUUCAGCAAUCCCAACUGUCACCUUGAUAGUGGGAGGAAACCUACUUAAAGGCUUAAGAGGUUCUGGAAUUCAGUUGUCACUCAUUGUAGGAAUUGUUGCUGUUCGGUACAUUUUCCUGCCUCUGUUGGGCAUCAUCGUUGUUAAAGGGGCAAUCCAUUUUGGUCUGGUGCACUCGGAUCCACUAUAUCAGUUCAUUCUUCUAAUACAGUUUGCACUUCCACCAGCCAUUAACAUAGGCACAAUGACCCAAUUAUUUGGAGUGGGGGAGAGUGAAUGUUCUGUUAUUUUGCUAUGGACAUAUGGAUUGGCAUCAGUUUCACUCACUCUCUGGUCAACCUUCUUCAUGUGGCUAGUUUCUUGAUUUCCAUCUCUUCUUCACAGCCAGUGUGACAGAGCACAUGGAAGGGCCUCACAUACUGUAUUAAUAAUUCUCUCAUUCAGCUGUGUUUUUUAUUUUAUUUUAUUUAUUUUAAUCCAUCCACAUUCACGUUUUUUUCCCCUUCAUUCUCUGUAACUCAUUGUUGAGUUAUCCAUUAUGAAUUGCAGCAAUCUGUUUUGGAAACCUUUUUGACACAAACCAGAGGUGACAUGUUUUGAGUGCUGUGAACAGGGGAUUGGGAUUACAAGGUGAUGGCUGUUAUUAA